AUGAUGGUUGAGUCGGACGGAACAGCAGAUGCCACCCGCCGCCUGAACAUCAAGAAGCAAACGCUCGACGAUGCUUAUGCAGUUCCAGCAAAUUUUCUCGAAAUUGACGUCGUCAACCCGAUGACAACAAUGACGGCGGGCAAGAAGCGCUACACCGAUUACGAGGUUCGGAUGAAGACAAAUUUGCCGGUAUUUAAAAUUAAAGAAUCAAGUGUGCGUCGCCGAUAUAGUGAUUUCGAAUGGCUUCGGAACGAGCUUGAAAGGGACAGCAAGAUUGUUGUACCGCCACUACCGGGGAAAGCCUGGAAGCGACAAAUGCCCUUCCGUGGCGAUGAUGGUAUUUUCGAUGAGAACUUCAUCGAGGAGCGACGUAAAGGCCUAGAAGUGUUUAUUAAUAAAAUUGCUGGACAUCCGCUUGCUCAGAAUGAAAGAUGCUUACAUAUGUUCCUGCAGGAACCUACAAUUGAUAAAAAUUAUGUGCCCGGUAAAAUCCGGAACACAUAAAUCUAUGAAAGCUUAUUAUUUACAUUAAAUUGUCCUUACAUGUUAUGGAAUCACGACUAUUGUAUUUUUAUUUUGUUUCGCUUUAGUUUCUAAAGAGGAAAAGACAAAAUUUCAUUUAUCUAAAUAAUUUCAUCUCUUUAUUGUAAUUAAUGUAUUUUAGGAAAUUCGUUAGAAAAAUUAUUGGUUAUGAAAUAUGGUUCUGCUUUGAAGUUAUAAAUCUAAAAAAAAAGAUAAUAAAAACCAAAUAUCUCACCUGCGUUUGAUGUAAUAUUUUUGGGAAUUAAAUGCCAUGUUUUUUGUGAAAAUUGGAGAAUCUUGGGGGGGAGAAAAAAGGAAGAAAUUAUCGCGUGUAACAGUUUAUACAAACGAACUUACAGAAACAGCACUAGCAAAAUAAUGCGGAAAAUAGAAGUGUAAUAAUAUAUUUUUCGAAUAAAGUGAUGAUAAUAAUACAAAAAAAAAAGAAACAAAAAACAUAAAAACUGAUCACUAGAUAGAAAAGAAACAAAAUGAAAGAAUAUUUGUAUAGAAAUGAUCUUUAUAAGUCUCUAAUGUAAGGGUAAAGUUUAAGGAAUUAUUAUGAUCAAAUAUAUACUUUUGUUUGAUUUUGGUUGGUAAA